UGACGUCACAUCAGUAACUGUCCUCAGCAGCGGUGCUGAACAAGAUGGCUGUACGUCGGGCGGAGAGCUGAGGCGAGGCUGCAUAAAAGAGCCCGAAACAGAUCGAGAAGCAGUCAGCGAGACCCAUAAGGGUAGAUACCUUGUAGUGUAAACUGACCGUAUACAUUUUUUAAAAAUCAAAUGCGUUUUGUGUUAUGAAAACAGAAGUGGUGAAAAAUAUCACACGCCUUCAACAAAUCACUACAAAUUUCUACUCCUGAUUGAAGCGGGGAACCGGGAGGACACAGCUGGCAGCCCUCAUAGUCCUAAUAUAAGAGAUGUCACUGCUCUGUGUUGGAGUUAAAAAAGCCAAGCUUGAUGGACCUCAAGAGAAGUUCAACACCUACGUGUCGCUGAAGGUGCAGAAUGUGAAGAGCACCACCAUCGCCGUCCGCGGCAGCCAGCCCUGCUGGGAGCAGGACUUCAUGUUUGAGAUCAGCAGGCUGGACCUGGGCCUGACGGUGGAGGUGUGGAAUAAAGGGCUGAUCUGGGACACCAUGGUGGGCACCGUCUGGAUCCCGCUGCAGAACAUUCGCCAGUCCAACGAGGAAGGCCCGGGGCAGUGGCUGACCCUCGACUCCCAGGUGAUCAUGGCGGAGAAUGAGAUCUGCGGCACCAAAGAUCCCACCUUCCACCGGGUGCUUCUGGACACGCGGUUUGAGCUUCCCCUCGAUAUCCCCGAGGAGGAGGCGCGCUACUGGGCGAAGAAACUGGAGCAGCUCAACGCCAUGAGGGACCAGGACUACACCUACCAGGAGGAGCAGGAGAGGCCACUUCCUGUCCCGGCAUCCCAGUGCUGUAAUUGGAGUCUAUGGGGAGACCAGCAAAACGACGACCCUGACAGCGCAGUCGACGACAGGGACAGCGACUACCGCAGCGAGACCAGCAACAGCAUCCCCCCGCCCUACUACACCACCUCCCAGCCCAACGCCUCCCUGCACCAGUACCCCAUGAGGCACCACCACGGCUCCCGCGGCAACUACAACGACACGCCAGGCAGCGAUGUGGACUACGACCCCCAGAGGGCCAUGAGACGCUAUGAUAGUUUAGACUCCGCCGCCAACGGCCGCAGCGAUCUCGACUCGGCCUCGGGUUCGAGCCGGCUGACCAGCCGCCAGUACUCUGUAGACAGUAGGCACUCCCUCUCCGAUAGCCCCACGGGGAGCAGUCGCUACGCCUCCUCGGGGGAGCUGAGCCGGGGGAGCUCCCAGCUGAGCGAGGAGUUCGGCCCGGAGGACGGGGAGAGCCUGCGGGGGUCGGAGCCCUACGACGAGAACGACUCCUACCACUCGUGCCACUCCUCCGUCAGCUACGGCAAGGACUCGGCCGGCUGGGAGGGGGAGGAGCCCCCGGGGGGGUACAGCGACGAGGGGGGGUACGUGAAGGACGGCGGGGAGGAGGGGGCCCUGUACGAGGAGGAGGACGGGGAGCUGUACGAGCCCGAGGAGGAGGGCGGGUACACCUACACCGAGGAGGAGGAGGAGGAGGAGCCCUACGAGGAAGACGAGGACCUGUACCCGCUGGACGGCGGCCUGAGUGAGGACCAGGAGCCCCCCUACACGCCCACCCCCACCGGCGCCGCCCCCGCGCUGGCCCCUGAGGGCCCCUCCGCCCGCCCCCCCCUGGAGAAGCAGGCCUCCCUGCACCAGCAGCAGCAGCCGCAGCCCGGUCUGCCUCAGGCCACGCCCCCAUCACAGGCCCAAACUGCAGCGUCCGCGAAACCCCCAGCGGCCGUGAAACCACCGGCGUCCGCAAAACCGCCAGCGUCCGCCGUCCUGCCCCCCGCCCCCGCCGUCCAGCCCCCCGCCCCCACUGCCAAGGCCCCCGCCCCCAUUGCCAAGCCCCCCUCAGAGGAGCCUCCCCUGUCCGAAAAACCCCCUGUGGAGGACAGCGCCCCGGCCGUCCCCCCAGAGCAGGCCGAACCCCGACCCGACAGUUACCCGCGGGGUGAUGAGGCUCAGGACUCCAUGUCGCGAGCCAAGGCGAACUGGCUUCGCCUCUUCAACAAGGUCCGCCUGCAGCUGCAGGAGGCCCGUGGGGAGACGUCUGGUUCCCAGUCGCUGUGGUUUCAAGGGGGGCCGGGAGGGGCGCUGUACAGCAUAGACAGCAUGCCGGACCUCCGGAAGAGGAAGGCCAUCCCUCUAGUUAGAGAUCUGGCGAUGUCUUUAGUGCAGAACUCUCGUAAGGCCGGGAUCACCUCAGCCCUGGCCUCCAGCACGCUGAAUAACGAGGAGCUGAAGAGCCACGUGUACAAGAAGACCCUGCAGGCGCUGAUCUACCCCAUCUCCUGCACCACGCCCCACAACUUCGAGGUGUGGACGGCGACCACGCCCACCUACUGCUACGAGUGCGAGGGGCUGCUGUGGGGCAUCGCCCGCCAGGGCAUGAGGUGCACCGAGUGCGGGGUCAAGUGCCACGAAAAGUGCCAGGACCUGCUGAACGCCGACUGCCUGCAGAGGGCGGCGGAGAAGAGCUCCAAGCACGGGGCGGAGGACCGCACCCAGAACAUCAUCAUGGUGCUGAAGGAUCGCAUGAAGAUCCGCGAGAGGAACAAGCCCGAGAUCUUCGAGCUGAUCCAGGAGGUGUUCGCCGUCGUCAAGGCCACGCACGUCACGCACAUGAAGCAGAUCAAGCAGAGCGUGCUGGACGGCACCUCCAAGUGGUCCGCCAAGAUCAGCAUCACGGUGCUGUGUGCCCAGGGUCUCCAGGCCAAGGACAAGACGGGCUCCAGCGACCCUUACGUCACCGUGCAGGUGGGCAAGACCAAGAAGAGGACCAAGACCAUCUACGGCAACCUCAACCCCGUGUGGGAGGAGAACUUCAAUUUCGAGUGCCACAACUCCUCCGAUCGGAUCAAAGUCCGUGUGUGGGACGAGGACGAUGACAUCAAGUCCCGGGUGAAGCAGAAGUUUAAGAGGGAGUCGGACGACUUCCUGGGACAGACCAUCAUCGAGGUCCGCACCCUGAGCGGGGAGAUGGACGUCUGGUACAACCUGGACAAGCGCACGGACAAGUCUGCAGUGUCCGGGGCCAUCCGGAUGCACAUCAACGUGGAGAUCAAAGGAGAGGAGACAGUGGCUCCUUAUCACGUCCAGUACACCUGUCUGCAUGAGAACCUGUUCCACUACGUGACGGACAUCCAGAACACAGGCGUGGUGAAGAUCCCCGACGCCAAGGGCGACGACGCCUGGAAGGUGUACUUCGAGGAGACGCCGCAGGAGAUCGUGGACGAGUUCGCCAUGCGCUACGGCGUGGAGUCCAUCUACCAGGCCAUGACCCACUUCGCCUGCCUGUCGUCCAAAUACAUGUGCCCGGGCGUCCCGGCGGUCAUGAGCACCCUGCUGGCCAACAUCAACGCCUACUACGCCCACACCACCCAGGCCACCAACAACGUGUCCGCCUCCGACCGCUUCGCCGCCUCCAACUUCGGGAAAGAGCGGUUUGUGAAGCUCCUGGACCAGCUGCACAACUCCCUGAGGAUCGACCUCUCCAUGUACCGGAACAACUUCCCGGCUAGCAGCCCUGAGAGGCUUCAGGACCUGAAGUCCACCGUUGACCUGCUCACGAGCAUCACCUUCUUCAGGAUGAAGGUCCAGGAGCUGCAGAGCCCUCCGAGGGCCAGUCAGGUGGUGAAGGACUGUGUCAAAGCCUGCCUCAACUCCACCUACGAGUACAUCUUCAACAACUGCCACGAGCUGUACAGCCGCGAGUACCAGACAGACCCCUCCAAGAAAGGGGAGGUGCCCCCCGAAGAGCAAGGCCCCAGCAUCAAGAACCUGGACUUCUGGUCCAAACUCAUCACCCUCAUCGUGUCCAUUAUUGAGGAGGACAAGAACUCCUACACUCCUUGUCUCAACCAGUUCCCCCAGGAGCUGAACGUGGGGAAGAUCAGCGCGGAGGUGAUGUGGAACCUGUUCGCCCAGGAUAUGAAGUACGCCAUGGAGGAGCAUGAAAAGAACCGUCUGUGUAAGAGCGCUGAUUACAUGAACCUGCACUUCAAGGUGAAAUGGCUGUACAACGAGUACUGCAAGGAUCUGCCUUUCUUCAAGAGCCGCGUGCCUGAAUACCCUGCGUGGUUCGAACCGUUUGUCAUCCAGUGGCUGGACGAAAACGAGGAAGUCUCCCGAGACUUCCUGCACGGCGCCCUGGAGAGGGACAAAAAGGACGGGUUCCAGCAGACGUCUGAGCACGCUCUGUUCUCCUGCUCGGUGGUGGACGUCUUCUCCCAGCUCAACCAGAGCUUCGAGAUCAUUAAGAAGCUGGAGUGCCCCGACCCUCAGAUCGUGGGCCACUACAUGAAGAGAUUCGCAAAGACCAUCAGCAACGUGCUGCUUUCCUACGCUGACAUCAUCGCCAAGGACUUCGCCAAUUACUGCUCCAAGGAGAAAGUGCCCUGCAUCCUGAUCAAUAACAUUCAGCAGCUGCGGGUUCAGCUGGAGAAGAUGUUCGAGGCCAUGGGAGGCAAAGAUCUGAACGUGGAGGCCAGCGACAUUCUGAAAGAGCUGCAGGUGAAGCUCAACAACGUCCUGGACGACCUGAGCAGGGUCUUCGCCACCAGUUUCCAGCCGCACAUAGAGGAGUGUGUGAAGCAGAUGGGGGACAUCCUGAGCCAGGUGAAGGGCACGGGGAACGUCCCGGCCAGCGCCUGCAGCAGCGUGGCCCAGGACGCUGACAACGUCCUGCAGCCCAUCAUGGACUUCCUGGACAGCAACCUGACGCUCUUCGCUAAGAUCUGUGAGAAGACGGUGCUGAAGCGCGUGCUGAAGGAGCUGUGGAAGCUGGUGAUGAACACCAUGGAGAAGACCAUCGUCCUGCCGCCGCUGACCGACCAGACGAUGAUUGGCAGGGUGAAGCUUGCUUGUCACAGUGAUGGCACUCAGCUCAUCUUCAAUGCUGCCAAGGAGCUGGGCCAGCUCUCCAAGCUCAAGGAGCACAUGGUCCGUGAGGAGGCCAAGGCGCUCUCUCCCAAACAGUGUGCGGUGGUGGAGCUGGCUCUCGACACCAUCAAGCAAUACUUCCACGCGGGAGGGGUGGGGCUCAAGAAGACCUUCCUGGAGAAGAGCCCGGACCUGCAGUCCCUGCACUACGCCCUCUCCCUCUACACCCAGGCCACGGACAAGCUCAUCAGGACCUUCGUGCAAUCCCAGAAUGCACAGGUUCACGGAGGGAAGGGUGUGAGGUACACCCAUAGCGAGGAUGUGUACCCAGAGAAGGGUUCAGGGGUGGACGACGCCGUGGGAGAGGUGUCCAUCCACGUGGAGAUCUUCACCCAUCCCAAUACGGGGGAGCACAAGGUCACGGUGAAGGUGGUGGCGGCCAACGACCUGCGGUGGCAGACUUCGGGGAUCUUCAGGCCCUUCGUCGAGGUCUUCAUCAUCGGACCGCACCUCAGCGACAAGAAGAGGAAGUUCGCCACCAAGUCAAAGAACAACAGCUGGGCUCCGAAGUACAAUGAAACUUUCGCAUUCACCCUGAGCAGCGAGGCGGGGCCCGAGUGCUACGAGCUGCAGGUGUGCGUGAAGGACUACUGCUUCGCGCGGGAGGACCGGACGGUGGGCAUGGCGGUGCUGCAGCUGCGGGACGUGGUGGCGCGGGGCAGCGUGGCGUGCUGGCUCCCGCUGGGCAAGCGGGUCCACAUGGACGAGACGGGUCUGACCGUGCUGCGCAUCCUGUCCCAGCGCAACAACGACGACGUGGCCAAGGAGUUCGUCAAGCUCAAGUCCGACCAGCGCUCGGCCGAGGAGGGCAGGGGGAGCUGAGCGCCGCCCGCCCGCGCGCGCGCGACACCCUCUCAGGGAUGGGGCCCCGAGCUACCCGCUACACUGCCCCCCCCCCACCCCCCUCUCUCUCUCUCUCUCUCAAGCUCUCUCUCCCUCUCUCUCAAGCUCUCUCUCCCCCUCCCUCUCUCUCUAUCUAUCUCUCUCCCUCCCUCUCUCUCACUCUCUCUAUCUCUCUCUUUCUCUCUAUAUAUAUAUAUAUAUAUCUCUCUCUGAGUCCACUUGCUCCUUUGCACUGACACAUACACACACACACACAUAACUACACACACACACACACACUCAUACAAGUCCAUACAUGCAGGUACACACACAAAUAACUACAGAGGACACGCUGACAAACUCAAGUGGACAGCCUGCCGUACACUUACUCUCCCACGGACACGCAAACACGCACUGCCCUGUCUUACUACCUACGGUGUCCUUACAACGGGGGGACCCUGUCCCCACCACUCCAGCAGCUGUCCUCACCCUCUCCAACAGCGAUAACCACACACACCGACUCACUGAAACACAUACACACCAACCAACAGCCAGAGUCGAACAUAUACUCACUACAUUUUCUAGUUAACACGUGAUUUUAUUUUCAAGUAAGAUACCUUUUUUUUUUUUUUGAAAAACCAAUGAUCAAAAAGCAAAAAAAAAAAAAAGUGAAUAUUUAUCUACGAGAGGCAGAAUUACAGCAUGCAAUUUAGGGAAAGAAGCUCUCCCCUUCCGACAUUCCCUCUCUUUUAACUGAAAAACGAUUACAGAAAUAUGUCAGGGUAUGUCUGCGUUCACAGGGUUAUAAGUUUUUGUCGUUCCUCUGCUUUUACCCCACUCUCUCGCCUUCUUCCCUGACCACAUCAACUGCACAGUCUUCAACCCGGACAAAAUAUACCUCUCUCUAGGCCAAUCUGCAAAAACCAAGUCCCCACUAAGACUGUGUAUUUCAAGGAUGCUCAAAUUUGGCUCUCGGGGGCCAGCAGCACUGCUGGUUGUCACUCCUCUUCCUCGUCCAAUCAGGGACUGUUUUAAACCUGACGCACCAGUCUCUGGCCAAUCAGGGACAUUAUUGGACUGUGGACUGUCAGGCAGAAGAAGAGAAAACCAGCAGUACUGCUGACCUUGAGGAGCAGAUACGAGUAUCCCCGGUGUGUCUGAUUGGUUAUAAGAAGACCAGAGGUGUGUUUGAUUGGUUAUAAGAAGACCAGAGGUGUGUUUGAUUGGUUAUAAGAAGACCAGAGGUGUGUCUGAUUGGUUAUAAGAAGACCAGAGGUGUGUUUGAUUGGUUAUAAGAAGACCAGAGGUGUGUCUGAUUGGUUAUAAGAAGACCUGAGGUGUGUUUCCUGUCUCAGCAGAGGACGACUUAGGCUCAGCUUGAGUUUAACACCAUCCCUCCCUCCUCCUUCGCAAAAAAAAAAAAAGAGUCUUUGGAA